AUGCAACGAGCUAUUACGUCAUUUUUUCUAACAUCGCCAAAGAACAAGUCAGAUGAGCAGAAUGGCAGUAAAAAUGAGGAGAAGCCAGUCAAGAAAACAAGUCCUCAAAACACUGACCUGAAGAUGAAGAAGGCGGUGAAGACAUCAGCUAAAGAAACAGAUAGUCCUGUGAAAAAGCCUAAGAAACGAGCAAAACUGAGAAAAUCCAAAAAUGCAUUUCUACAUUAUUUUUCCUCUCUCUUUUCUCUCUCUCUUUUUCUCUCUCUCUUCUCUUUUCUCUGUUCUCUUCUCUUCUCUUUUCUCUCUCUUUUCUCUCUCUUUCUCUCUCUCUUUUCUUUCUUUCUCUCUGAUUUCUCUCUUUUUCUCUCUUUUCUAGAUUUCUCUCUUUCUUUUCUCUUUUCUUAUUUUUCUCUCUUUUCUUUUUUCUUUUUUUUUUCUCUUUUUUUUCUUUUCUUCUCUCUUUUCUCUUCUUUCUCUCUGAUCUUCUCUCUUUUCUUUCUCUCUCUUUUUUCUCUCUCUCUUUUCUUCUCUCUCUUUAUUUCUCUCUCUUUUCUUUUUUCUCUCUCUUUUCUUCUCUCUCUUUUCUUCUUCUUUUCUUCUCUCUCUUUAUCUCUUUCUGAUUUUCUUCUUCUUUCCUCUUUCUUCUCUUUCUCUCUCUAUUACAUCAAGGCAGAUCCUAGUACCCCAAGCAGUAGUAAAACUGAUGUAUCUUGUACACCUGAGAAGUCACCAUUUGGUAUUCCGAAACGAAAAACAGCUCGAAAAUCGGUUGCUGGUGGUGGUAACCCAAGCAAAAAAAGGAAGGUCAGUGGUGAUGAUAGCAAGAACAAACGGUCUCGCAAAAUCGAUGAUGAUGAUGAAAGUGAACAAAUGGAAGCAGAUGAUGACAAGCUCUCUGCCACAGUGAAAACGGAUAAAGAUGACAAGGAUUCAGAAGAUGAGGAUGCUGAUGACAAAGAAAAAGAAUCAAAAAAAGAGUCCAAGAAAUCUUCAAUUAAAAAAGAAAAGGUUUCUCCCAAAAAUGAAAAACAGAAGAAAAAGUCUGAGGAUGAAGAAAGUUCAAAAAAAUCAAUUCACAGUUUUUUUGGCCCGAGAUCUACCAAUUCAAAUAGUGACAAGAAGUCAGCAACCAAAGAAAAGAAGAGGAGUCCAUCUAAGGGGCAAAAUGAAAAAUCCAAAUCUUCUGCAGAAAAUUCACCAGAAGAUUUUUUUUCUUUCUUUUUUUUCCUCUUUGACUUGAUUUCUUUUUACCUUCCCUUAUUGCAGACAUUCUUUCACUUCUUGUCAUUUUUUCUUUUUUUUCUUAUCUUUUUUCUUUUUUUUCUUCUCAUCUUUUUUCUUUUUUUUCUUCUCAUCUUUUUUCUUUUUUUUUCUUCUCAUCUUUUUUCUUUUUUUUCUUCUUCUCAUCUUUUUUCUUUUUUUUCUUCUUCUCAUCUUUUUUCUUUUUUUCUUCUUCUCAUCUUUUUUCUUUUUUUUCUUCUUCUCAUCUUUUUUCUUUUUUUCUUUUUCUUCACAUCAUUUAUUGUUUUUUCCUACUCUCUUUUUUCUCCUACUCUCUUUUUUCUCCUACUCUCUUUUUUCUCCUACUCUCUUUUUUCUCCUACUCUUUUUUUUUCUCUCCUUUUUCUUUUACUUCUCUCCUUUUUCUUUUACUUCUCAUCUAUUCAUCUCUCCCCAAUUUCUCUUUAA